ACUGGCGGGUGCACUUUCUUUCCGCCGCCGCCGCCACCGCCGCCGUCUCAGUGGAAGCGGCACGCACCGAUAACUCGGUUUAGUGUGCACACGGUCGCGAAGUCGUAUAGGAGGUAACCACUUACCACGGUGUGUAAUACGCGCGUCGCGUCUGGAACAUCGUCACGUUGCCCGGACGGCCGCUCGUCGCACUCGCCAACGUGUACGCGCUCGAUCGCCAACGGGACGCUCGCUCCGUCGAUCGAUCGCUCGCUAGCUGGUACGGACGGACGGACGGACGCUCGCGCAGACCGCGGCCACCGGGCGUUUAUGGUGCUCGGCCGCCGUCGACGAUGCGGUCGCACCAACUGCAGCAGAUGGUGGUGCACGUGUGCAUGCUGACGGCCGCCGUCGCCUCGACCAUCGGCCACGGAUCGGCCACCACCCCGACGUCCGCGUCCACGGAAAACGACGACGACAGCACGUCCAGGCCCGACAGGCAGGACGACAAGCGAAUAUUCUUCGACGACAUAUUCGGUUCGGUCAGCUACGAGCCCGAAGAGAAGUUACCGGUGUCCAACUGCUCUUGCAAUUGUGGAGUGCCCAACCAAGAAAUCCGCAUAGUGGGUGGCCGUCCCACUGGGGUGCAUAGAUACCCAUGGGUAGCAAAACUCAUGUACGAAAGCCACUUCCACUGCGGCGGAUCACUCAUCAACAGCGAUUACGUGCUGACGGCAGCUCAUUGCGUACGGAAGUUGAAAAAGUCUCGUAUACGUGUGAUAUUCGGCGAUCACGACCAGAGCACGACGGCCGACGGCGAGACGAUUACCAGAAUGGUGUCUUCGAUCGUGCGACAUCGGAACUUUGACGUGAACUCGUACAACCACGACGUGGCUCUGUUGCGGCUGCGGAAGGCAGUGCCGUUUACAAAAUCAGUGAGRCCGAUAUGUUUGCCGGUACCUACCCGCGAACCGUCCGGAAAAGUGGGAACCGUGGUGGGUUGGGGCCGUGUGUCGGAAGGCGGAAAUCUGGCGGACGUCGUGCAAGAAGUUCAAGUACCUAUCCUGACAUUGGCGCAGUGCAGGGCUUCAAAAUACCGACCACAGAGGAUCACCAACAACAUGAUUUGCGCUGGAAAGGGACUCGAAGACUCUUGUCAGGGUGACAGUGGAGGUCCUUUGUUGAUAAACAGCGAAGUCGAUGACAAGUUGGAAAUAGUUGGCAUAGUGUCUUGGGGCGUCGGCUGUGGUAGACCCGGUUACCCGGGUGUGUAUACCAGAGUCACCAAAUACCUGGAUUGGAUUCAAAAGAAUAUGCGGGACACCUGCGCUUGCACGUACAAAAUAUACAUAAUAAUAUCAGACGAUGUUAUAUAUAUCAUGAAUGACGUUGCAGACGACACUUACAGUAAAGGUGUGGCGAAGGCGGCCGGUUGGGGUACGCUGUACGAGAACGGAAGUCCRUCGUGUCAACUCAGACAGGUGGACGUGCCGAUAAUCGACAACGUAGAGUGCGCCAAGACCAACUACACUGGCGAACUGAUCACGGAGAACAUGAUUUGCGCUGGGUACGAGGCGGGUGGCAAGGACUCUUGUCAGGGUGAUAGCGGUGGACCGCUGAUGAGGCUCAUGGACAACAAACGGUUCGAGAUCAUCGGUAUCGUGAGCUGGGGUCACGGAUGCGCCCGUCCUGGAUAUCCCGGAGUGUACACCAGGGUUGCUAAAUAUUUACCUUGGAUCAAAGAAAACUCCAAAGAAGGAUGCUAUUGUUCGCAAUGACAAGAUAAGUGAGAACACAAUGCUAAGUAUAUUGCUGGAAAUUUCAAUGUAUAUAAUAUAAUUUAUUUAUYAUAUCUUAUUAUAGUAGUAUCAAUGUAUCUUGUUUGAUGAGGACGCAUAAUUUAUUGUUAUUAAUUUUAAGCUAAGUAGGUAGUUAUCAUAUUAUAAUGUUAUAAUAAUACCAUUGAUUAUCAUUACCACAGAAUAAAAUCUGUGUAGUUACUAGUAUUUAUAAUCAAUAAUAGUACCUUUCUAUCGUUAAUUAUUGCUAURGAAUUAUAAAAUGCAAUGAGUGCAUUGUGGACAUGGAAAUCUAAUUAUUAAAUUGAGAGCUUUGGCUUUAGUGUAGUAAUGAACAGUUAUAGUAACUUUAAAAUAAUCUAUGUUAGUAAUUUAAAAGUUAGAAAUGCAAUAAUGACAUAGGYACAGCCAUCUAGUGUGUAUUAAGCAUAGGUGGCUCGGACUCCUUAUGUAUUGAAUUGUAUGGUGUAUGUUUGCUUUUAAGAGGACGCCACACCCGCAUAUGUUGUCUCCGUCUUACAAACGUAUAACAUAGCAAAAUCUG